CUCCGCGGCUUGGGCUCCGGGCUGGCGGCAGGCGGCGGGAGCAGCAGGCUGCGGGUCACAUAGCAAAUUCCCAAGAAGAAGAUGAUGGAUUGCACAUCAGUUGUUCUCUAAGUGCCUGGACUCAGCAGUGUGCAGAUUUGUUGCAAAGCCCCGAAGAAGAUGGCAACUCCUUACGUCCCAGUUCCCAUGCCCAUAGGGAGUUCUGCUUCCAGCUUCACAGCCAGCAGAAACCAAAGAAGUUCCUCUUUGGGGAGCCUCUCAACAAGCUCAAACUCUUCCAAAGGCCAGUUGGAAGACUCAGAUACAAGAACCAGGAAACAGACCAGUGCACCUGGUCAAAGGGAUAGCGCCUCAUCCGUCUGUAGCAGCCCCCUCCUUAGGACUAAGUUUACAGAUGCCGAUUCUUGCGUUGAGUAUUCGACUAGACCAAGAGAAAGUGAAGAGCAGAAUCCUGAAACAGUGAAUUUGGAAGAUAGGCCUUCUACCCCUACUAUUCUGGGUUAUGAAGUGAUGGAAGAAAGAGCGAAAUUCACUGUAUAUAAGAUACAAGUAAAGAAAAACCCGGAAGAAAGCUGGGUAGUUUUCAGAAGAUACACGGACUUCUCCAGGCUUAAUGAUAAAUUAAAAGAGAUGUUUCCAGGCUUUCGAUUAGCACUUCCACCAAAACGCUGGUUUAAAGAUAAUUACAAUGCCGACUUUUUAGAAGAUAGAAAGUUAGGAUUGCAAGCAUUUCUUCAAAAUUUAGUAGCUCACAAGGACAUUGCGCACUGCCUGGCGGUGAGAGAGUUUCUUUGUCUGGACGAUCCACCAGGUCCAUUCGAUAGCCUGGAAGAAAGCAGGGCUUUCUGCGAAACUUUAGAGGACACAAACUACCGUUUUCAGAAAGAAUUACUUGAAAAACAAAAAGAGGUGGAAUCGCUGAAGAAACUGCUCGGUGAGAAGCAACUUCGUAUAGACACGCUAGAGAGCAGGAUCAGAGCGCUGUGCUCAGACCGCGAGGAGCCGCUGCACUGGCCAGGCACCGCAGGCGAGCGCGUCCCGGAGGUGGCGGCGCCUGCGCUGGAGGCUGAGCCCGAAGUCCCGGCUGAAGAGUGCAGAGCUGCUGACAAGCCGCGCCGCCGUCUCAGCGAGCCCGAAGCCUGCGCGGCGGAGGUGGAAGUGGCGGAAGUGGCCUACGAUGCUGAGGACUGAACCACGUGGCGUUCCCUCUGUGUCUGCAGCUCAGCAGCUUCCCGGCAGAGUGGCCGACGUUGAAAAAUAAAAAGACUGAAGCAUUUACAGAAAACAGCAAGAAUGCAUGUGUGUAAAGUUUACAUAAAGAGAAGUUAUCGGGAUAGGAAAUAUAUUCCCUGAUGCUUUAAAUGGUCUUUUAUUCAGUCUUUGUAUUUAUAGUGUGCAUAAAUUAUUUUGGUGUUUUGCCAAUAUAUUGCUCCAAACUAAUCUGUGUUUAAAUUGCCAGUUAUGUUGGUCAGAUGGACAUGAACUGCAUGUUGCUAUCAUAUACUCCUUUGUGUCUCUGACAUGAUACUGUGUCACUGACAGUGUAAGUCAGUGGUAAAGAAUUGUUUUAAAUAUUGACAUGUUUACCAUCUCCAAAUAGAAAUUGCUUAUUUAGAAUGUUAACUGCUGUUUAAAAGUAGGAAACUUUCUGGUACCAAAGGAAAAUUAUUUGAAAGAGCUGUAAUUACAUAAAAUAGCCUUUAUUUUAAAUAGCCUAUAAUUCAUUAAUAUCAAAAUGCUAUACUAAGCAUCCCAGGUUAUCGUUAUACUUGUUUAUUUUCCACAUAAUCUUCAUCUUAAAUCUUUACCUGUAGAAUCAGGAGUUUGCCUCUUUCAGAACACUACCUCUUUUUGCUAAUCAAGGCAUACUCGUUUGAAAAUACAGAUUCUGAGUAAAUAAGGAGUUAUAAGAAAAAAAAAGAUACAUAUAUAUAUUACAAAGUUCCUAACUAUGUUGGCUCCUGGCAUUGCCUUUUUAUUCCCAUUUGUGUAAAUAUGUUACUAUAAUCUAUCCUUGGCCGAUUUUCUUUUUAAUAUAUUUAGCCAAGUGAUGCACUUUAUGGUAAUUAAACUCUUUCGUGCCAAGUUGAAUUGGUGAAUUUCUUUAGUGAGUAGAGUCAGGGCCUGCACUUUUUACAAGUCUCCUGGGGUCUGUGAGUCAGCUUUAGGAAAAAGUGUUCAUUUCAGCUUCGCGGACAGUUGUCAAAAGUGCCUUGUUUCAUUUUUAUAAUAAGUUACUCACUUGAUUUCUACUGUUUUGCAUAUUGCUGUUAAUAAGCUUCGUACUCAUGCAGCAUUUUGAGAUCCCAGUUGGUAUAUUGGACGCCAUGUACUUUCUGGAAACUGAGGGGAACUUGCUGGGAAGUGGAGUAGCCAGCCCCAGUUCUGUUCACGGCUGGAAGCUCCCGUGUCUCGAUGACUGUGCUAAGACGGGUUAUUUAAAAUUCCACUCGCGCAGAUGAACACAUCCAGUGGCUGCUGCUGGCCUUUGAUCUGAAAAGGAGACGGUUUUAACAAAGUUCCACACAUUUUAAAAGUCUGUGUCAAAAUGCCGCCGGGGUGCUCUGUCCCAGACUGCUUUCCACAGACGGUGCCAGAGAUGUGCUCUGUCCUGGGGCAGAGGACCGACACCUGCUCCACUCGUCUCUCAUUUUCCCAGGCUUAAAAAGGGUUUAAAAAGAGCAGUCAUCUAAAUUAAUAUGAUUUUUUAGUCUAACGAAACAAUGAGCUACACUAAAUUCCAGAUACUAUAACACUACACAUCUGUUUAAAGUGAACCACACACUUCCACAAUCCGGCCUUUCGGAGGAUGUUAUUAAAGUUGGGGUGAGUGAAGAAAAGCUCUUAUGAAUUAGGUCAGCCACUAUCACUUUAUAGAAUUUACUUUUUUACUUUUAUAUUGCAUUUGAUUCCCAGUGUUAUGUGUGUUUAAUAAAUUAUUUCUCAGUGCAACA